UAAUAAAAACAGAUUUAAAUAAAUAAAGUGAGGAUGAAAUGUGUACAAAGCUCUCAGGACUGUGCUGUGUCUGGCUUCUAUGACUGGCUCAAUAACAGUUACUAUCAGGUUCUUGUUAUUAAUUCAGGUAUUUCUAUCUCAGUCUGUCUGCACUGUAUCAGUGAGGUCAGGGUCCUCCAAGGCUUCCCAGUCACUUCUUCCUGCCCUUCUCCCACCACUCCCCCCACCCCAUCCCUUUUUGCCGUCCAGUUCCUGGGCCACCUCACCUGGGUAACCUCCUCACUGAAUCCCUCCAGCCGAGAUGAGCUCCUGCAGCUGCUGGACACCGCCAGGCAGCUGAAGGAGCUGCCGCUGAAAACCACGGCGGAGCAGGACAGCAUCCUGAGCCUCUCGGCCCGCUGCCUGCUGCUCACCUGGCGCGACAACGAGGAGCUCAUCCUGCGGAUCCCCACGCACGAGAUCGCCGCCGCCUCCUACCUGCAGGACGACGCGCUGCACUUGCUGGUGCUUAAGACAGGUAAGCGGGCGGGGCCUGCCCUGGCUCGUCAGUGUCCGAACUGCCACAGUAACAACCAUGAGGACACGAAUCCCCAGCGUGAAUCGAUCCGCUGGCUGAUGCUUUAUUCCCUGAGCCAAACUGGCUGGGGCGAGGGGCUUCUUUUAGAUAAGCUUCAGGAGGGCCCACGAAUCCCCAGGAAAUUGGGUUGCAUGUGUGCAUUUUUCAGGACAGGAGGGCUAGAAUCAUCACUGGAGUCUACAAAGGCGUCCAAGACCCCAAGACCAGCCAUUUUGAUGGGAAAUCAUUUUGAUGGGAAAUACCCUCAAAGCCCUUUUAUUAAAAGGUAUGUGUGUCUCUCACACUGUGCCUCCUCCUCCCUGGGCCAGGAUGCUGCCGAGGAGUCCUGCGCCCUCAUCUGUCAGGUCUUCCAGAUCAUCUACGGGGACCAGAGCAUCGAGUGCGUGGACCGGGCUGGCUACCACUACACAUCCACGCCCGAAAGGCCGUGGCUCUGCAGCCGCAGUGACAGCUGCCGAACCGACGGGACUUACGCCUACGAUGCCGACUUCAGCUGCUGCAGCUCUUUCAAUGGCUCCCAGGACACAUUUGAAGCGUGUUACAGCGGCACCUCCACACCCUCUUUCCAUGACUCCCACUGCAGCGGCAGCGACCACAGCGCCUUGGGCCUGGAGCAAUUGCAGGAUUACAUGGUCACGUUGCGGAGUAAGCUGGGCCCCCUCGAGAUCCAGCAGUUUGCCCUGCUGCUGCGGGAGUACAGGCUGGGGCUGCCCAUCCAGGACUAUUGUUCGGGCUUGUUGAAGCUCUAUGGAGACCGGCGCAAGUUCUUCCUCCUCGGGAUGCGGCCCUUCAUCCAGGACCAGGACAUUGGCUACUUCGAGGGCUUCCUGGAGGGCGUGGGCAUCCGCGAGGGCGGCAUCCUCACCGACAGCUUCGGCCGCAUCAAGCGCAGCAUGAGCUCCACGUCGGCGUCCGCUGUGCGCAGCUACGACGGCGCGGCCCAGCGGCCCGAGGAGCAGACCUUCCACCGGCUGCUGGCAGACAUCACGCACGACAUUGAGGCGCUGGCCCCCGACGACGACGACGAGGACAGCACAGACGAGGAGGCUCGGGGCUCCCCGGGCGGGAAUGAGGCCUCCGAAGACAACUACCUGUAGCCUGUGGCUGCGCCCGGGCGGAAGGCGGAGCGCGUGGCCCCGCAACCUCGCCUUGGACUCUCACUCUGAUCUGGGGAGGUGCCCAUCCUCAGGGCCCCUCUUCACCCACACUCACACCCCCAAAUCCGGCCUCCAUUCCCCGUCUCAGAUCCUGCCCUUAGGGCUCCGGUUCUUAAAGUCCGAGGCAGUCGCUUGGGGCUCAGCUAGCCACUCUGCCCGCCCGGGAUGGGCACGUCCCCCUGGCCCCCGAGAUCCGCACCAGGACACCCCCUCCUCCCUGGACUGCGCUUCUUUCUGAAGGCCUCGCUGGGGUGAUGAGUGGGCUCCACCUUCUGGCCGACUGAGAAAAGAAUCCCCAUAGCCCGGAGAUUUCAGUUCCUCCUGCUCUACAGCUGGAGAGACUGAGGUUUAAAAGAGGGAAAGGGACUGGAGGGAAUCUCCUGCGAUGAUAUCUCAAACGGACCAGGCUAAGUCUGUGGAGGGUAUUUUUAAGGCUCUAAAUAGCAGAGACCCCACCACCACCACCACUGAAUCAGAUCAUCAGUGUGGAGUAGAGGUUUUUCUCUACUGAGAGUUGACUCGGAGGAGGUGAUCUGGAUCCCAGUCCUAAGGCUCCAGACAAGUUGCUUAUUCAGAUCUUUGAUUUGGAGCCAGACAGACCCAGGGCUGCCCUCUCCAUCCCUGCCUUUGGAUUUCUUUGGCUACCCAAGACCCCUGAGAGGGGGCGUGGUUAGUGUCCUAUCCCCUAGGCCCCCACCUCCUCGCCUGUCAGAUGAUAUGGGCUCCACCUGCCUCAGAGGGAGGUCAUGGAGACCAACAAAGGUCAAGACCUGAGUGCUGGGUCUGCCACAUGACAGGCACUCAAUAAAGGCUGUUCCCUUCUCCAUCUAA